GAUUUUUUGCCAUAUUACAUUCUUGGCUGAAUGCUUUUGCUGAAAUGUUGCGAUUUGGUGACAGAUUAUUCUACAAGGAUUGGUGGAACUCAACAACAUUCUCCAACUACUACAGAACCUGGAAUGUUGUUGUACAUGACUGGCUUUAUACCUACAUUUAUAAAGAUGUCUGCAAGUUGGUUGGACAUAAAUACCGUGCUGGAGCCAUGGCCUGUGUGUUCAUAAUCUCUGCUGUUUUCCAUGAGUACAUUCUAACCUGCACAUUCAAGUUUUUCUAUCCAGUGCUGUUUGUCAUGUUUGCUGGGGCUGGAUUUGGUUUCAUUUUUCUGACCGACAAGGGCUCGAACCGCAGCUGGAAUGUUUUUAUGUGGGUGGCACUAUUUAUUGGUAACGGUAUGCUGAUGUGUCUCUACAGUAUGGAGUUCUAUGCCAGGCAGAACUGCAUCGCCAGCAUGGAAAGCUUAUUGGACUUUGUUAUUCCAAGAUCCUGGUUUUGUGUAUCACCUUCAUCCAAGCUAUAG